CGUGCCAGAAACAUCCGUCAGAGAGCUGCGGCUGGCUGGGCGUCGAGCUUUAUACUGCGAGCUGUUGGGCCUGUUGGUAUGCUCGUUUUUUCGUUGUUUUUUUUUUCCUCGGCAACCGUGAAACACGUUGUAACCGACUCGGACGGAGUAAAUUUUGGUGCCGCGGGACUAUACCUCCAUGGAGAGUCCCGGUUGUUGGAUAUCGCAGUGUGUGUCGGCCGUGUGAGCUAAACGCUUCGUGGUUGCUUAUCUCGAGGUUUACAGUGGUGACACCCUUUAAAUACCAGGGAUCAUUGUGAACUGGGUGAUUCCUACGGUGACAUUGCGAGGAUUCGUAAAAUGAACGAGGGAUAGUGGUGAUCGUGACAACGAAAAGGUGUUGAGCGUUUCGAAGCCCGUCGACUGGAGUCUGUAUCGAAAACGGUGAAACUAUAUGAACGAAUGGACGAUGUACCUGUCAACGUUCGGACGGUAGGGUGUCGAUUAAGAAGAGUCGAUAUAAUCGAGGAGUCGUGAGGUAUCGCGGUGAAUAUUCUCGGACGAUUUAAAGAAAAUUGCGGUCAAAGUGUUUUCGAGGGGUAACCCGUGGGUGGACGUCUGUCGGACGAACGUUCUAUCGAAGGAUCUGGCGCCUAGACGGCUGCAGGCAUGCGGCGUACCUGACUCCGCCGAGGUGUCUCGAGCCCGCGCGAGUUGCACAAGCGGCCAGUCCAUCAGCCAGGCGUACGAUAAUCGUACGAUGAUGCCGCUCGCGCCGACGCCAAUUGUACCGGUGCCAUCGAAGCCGAAGAUCGGCUUCAGCAUCGACUCGAUCGUCGGCGGCGGCGGACAGGGCCGCGAGGACCGUUUGGACAGGCUGGAACGAGUCGAGAUCGAGCGGGAUGGAAGUCCGAUGGACGUGGUCGAGGGUUCCUCUUCCCCCCGGAGUCGACGAGUAACCGCGAGAUCACCCGGGGCUCAUUCCGAGGGCUCCGAUCGACCCGUGUCACGAAGCUCCUCCGUGGAAUCGUAUCCGAACUCGCGGAGGCCGCCGUCGCAUCCCGGCAGCCACCACCACCAUCACCCGAACCAUCACGGACAUCAUCAUCAUCAUUUAACAGCGACGACCCAUCUCGACUUCAGCAGGACGACCGUUCACAGUCACAGCGGAGGUUCCACGCCCAACAAUAGUCCCAGUCCUCCUCACAGGAUAUCGCACGGCGAUUCUCCCGUUGGGGCGCAUCCCCAACCGCCGCCAGGAGUCGUCAGACCGAGUCCGAAUUAUCUCGCGCCGCCUGGCGCGGCGACUGCAGCCGCGGUUGCGGCCGAGCAAUUGAAAUCUCUUUACGGGCUGCCUGGGCACGGGCCUGCCGGACCUCAGACCGGCCAGAACGAGUAUCACACGCAGCAGCUAGCUCUGGCAGCGAAUUUGGCUGCGGCGCAACAUUUCCAAGCGGCGAAUCUCGCAGCCGUGGCCCUCCAGGCGCACCAUGGUGCGUCGCCUCAUGGACCGCCGCAUGGGCCUUAUCCUCAUGGAGGCGCCCCGGCCGGACCUCAUCCUCCGCCGCAUCCUCAUCAACCGCCCAGGGACAGCUAUCCGCUUUAUCCUUGGCUGCUGUCCAGGCACGCAGGAAGGAUCUUCCCUCAUAGAUUCCCUGGAGGCCCGGACAUACCAGGUUUCCUUCUGCAGCCAUUCAGGAAGCCGAAGAGAAUAAGGACGGCCUUCAGCCCCAGCCAGUUGCUGAAGCUGGAGCACGCGUUCGAGAAAAAUCACUACGUGGUCGGAGCCGAGAGGAAACAGUUGGCGCAAGCGCUUUCCUUGACGGAGACCCAGGUGAAAGUCUGGUUUCAAAAUCGACGAACGAAACACAAGCGGAUGCAGCAGGAGGAGGAAGCGAAAGCGCAGCAGCAAUCCGGUGGCGGAGGUGGCGGUGGCGGCGGCGGCGGCGGGGGUGGCGGGAACGGUAACGGGAACUCGAACAAUAAUCCUAAUAACAAGAACACCCAUCACGUGAGCAAAUGGCAGCAGGAGACCGGUGACUAUCACCACGAGGAGGAAGAGGAAGAGGAGCACAUCGAUCCGGAGGCGGAGGAGUGUUCGAGCGGCUCGGAGGCGUAGCUAGACGUUCUCUGCCUGGACUAAGCUGCCGGGAAUUGCAUUCGACUGAUAAAAAAAUCCUUGGGACUCGACGCCCCAUGGGAAAAAACGUCAAAUUUUGAUGGAAACAAGAAUCGUAACAUGGUGCGAAAGCAGAUUCGGUGGGAGUAGAGGGAAGGGUUGAAUGAAACUGCUGGAACAGAAAUUUGCAUCGUGAUCGUCCAAAGAUUGUGCAACAAUGUGGGACUUGGAGGCAGAGAACGAAAUUGCCGAAGACAUUAAGUGAUGUGUAGAAGUUCAAAGUACGAGUACUGCUGGUAAAAACCAAAAAUGCUCAAAUGAGACGGGGAAUUGUCGAAUUCGUUGCUUAAGAAAUUGCGAGAAAUUCCAUAGGUCAUGGAAUCAGCCGCGAACGCUGCGUAGACGAAGAGGCUAGGAAUCGUUGUAAUCGGCGAACGGAAUCGUCCUGCGGAUUUCCAAAGAUCGCAACGUCGACUCGAACGGAACAAGAAAACCCGAUACUUAAUGGAGCUCGUGUCUCGUCAGAACAAUCGUAAUCGUUCGGGAGGAUCGCGGAAUCGGCGCUCGACGACUUCCGCAAUCGUCGAUAAACGACACCGGAAGACUGUGAAUUAUCCUGUUGGCAAGACUGACACAGUUGACCUAUUUAUUUCGGCGUACCUCGCUACGAAUGCUCACGAUGGAACUGGCCCGAGUCGGGUGUCCCUCCGCGAGAGAAUCGAUGGGACUGCGCGGACUUUUCAACAUUUCGGAAGCUGAGUAAUGGAGGCAUUGUUCCUCGGGGUCGGGCAAAGCCAAAUGGACAGGCUUCCGGCGGAAACGGCGGCAAACGUUUCCAACGACUUGGUGGACCGAAAACUUUUCCCUCCUCUCGAUGGUAUCGCGCCCCUUUUUAUCAUAGUUCCUCGAUCAAUUUACUAAAGGACGAGGGAGGAAUAUUCCUCGAGGGCAUAGCGUCGGUACGUGGACGUCAGUUCGGGUCCACGGUUCCAGUUUAAUCCCGGAUGGAUCGCCGGGUUCGUACGAAUCUUGCCAUAGAUCGUCCAUAGCUGGUGGAGCAGCGAUGUACAUAAAUAAAUAUCGAGAGGAAUCGUAGACUGUGAUCCCCGCGGCGGAUCAACCGUCCUGAGUCUUGCUACAAAACGACGAAAGGAUCGAUCCUUUAUUCGAGAAAGGAUGAACGCGUAUAUCUGUGAACGUGUGUGUGUGUAUAUGCGUGUUACUGUAUCACUGUAAAUAGUUCGGGGAGGAACACGAGGAUCGCGCGUAGAAACGAAAGAACGUGAGAGAGCAAGAGGAUGAAUGCCUGUCGAUGAUGUGUGGACACGCGCGAUACAUUUGCGGAGAGCGAUAAUACGACGGGGAGGGGGAGGAGAGUGCCAAACUUCGUACAUACCCUUUUUAGAGAGAUCGAAGAAUCCCAGUGUAAACGUGCGAAUUUUACUUAAACGUCGUCGUUGUCCACGAGCGACCAGUAUUUCCCUUUUGUCGAAUCGAUGUUCGAGGUGUACUGACGAUUUAAAUUAUUAUUAUAUCAAUUACGUUAGUUGGACAGUCGAGCCUGGCAGCGGUGACGAUCGUUCUCACGAAGGGUCGCCUUCCUUUUUUUCCUCUUUCUCGGUCCCUCCGAGGAUGGAUGUAUUAUCUCUUUGAGUCGGUUUCUCGGGGAUGGAUCGUUAGAAAUUGAUCCGGACGAGAUUCGAAUCGAGGGACCCCGCGUCGUUGGAAACUCGCCCGGAUCGAGAUGGAUCGUGAUCCUUCGGCGAACGAUCGUGUCAGCCACGGUUCGACCAGUACGUUUUGUAAAUACGUUGUACAUAAAAGAAUUGUGAUUUUAUUCGACGUGCAAAAAAGGCGUAGGAUUGUACGGUCAUUCUCGAAUGAUUCAGUUCGUGUUCUAACGAUAUAGCGAAAUAAAUUAUAUCAUCUCUUCACGACAUACACUUAUGAGUUUCAUUCACAAGCCUCCAGUGCGGAAUCUUUAAGUAUAAAUCGAUUGCAUGAACGAUUAGCACUAUUUCACUCCUCGCCACAGAACAAGGAUAUUAACCAGUACACUUUAUCAACAUUUCAUUUGAUUAACACAUCACAAUCCAAAAUACCGCAAAACUCACUCUUUUCACGAAUGUCUCGUCAAACUUUGA